GCCGCGUCGGGUAUCCGCAGAGGAGGGCGCGGGGCGGUCGGAAGCGGCGGGAACCCGCUGUGGGGGCACCGGGCCCCCGCCGUCAGCUCGAGUCCCCGCGGGCGCAACUCGGCCCUCGGUCCCCUCCGCCCCACGAUGGCUAAUGGGCCGGCAGCCGGGACCCCGAGCGUCCCGUGCCGUCCCAACCCCGCGGGGCUACGCCGGCCCUGGCCGGAGCGGUCUCUAGGCAGCCUCGCGUCUCCCCAAAUUGUGCCGUGAGGACUGGAGGGUUUUAGGGAAGACGCCGGUGCGAGUGUGAUUCGCGUGUGGGAAGAAACUGUGCCCCGUGGGAUCCCUAGUCGCUCCUUUUUCCUUUUACAAAUUAUAGAGAGUCACCCUUGAGGCGUUAAAGGGUGUAUUUGGGCAAACACCCUUUGGUUUUUGCCCAAAAUUGUUGGUGAAAUGGGAAGCCUGCCGCCGUGGUUUGUGGUUUAGGGUCCUCUGUAGCAGCGAUUUCAAAAUCCCAGAGCUUAGCUUUUGAAUGUUGCCAGGGAAAAGAAAAUAGGGACAAUCUCUCUUCCACUAUGGCUGUAGAAAACGAAUACAUUUCCACAGAAAGUGUGCUGGAUUAAUUGGUCAAUUACAAACAUUCAUUAAAACGUCAGGUCCUCUCUUGCAGAAUAGAGGAAUUGUGACAGUGGAUACCUGUGUUCCAUGUUCUACAGCUAUCUGGAUGUGCGAGUUUAAUGCCAAAUUUUGUGAGACAGGACUUGGCACCCCUAGAAGUGUUCACGUAUACUAAAUGAUCUGCUGUUGUGGAAGUAAUUAAAUUCCAUGUUUAUUGUCUGAAAGAGGUAUUUCGGCUUUUCCUGUUGAGGCAUAAAGUGGACUGUUGACAUUCAGGGAUGUGGCCAUAGAAUUCUCUCUGGAGGAGUGGGAACACCUGGACUCAAAUCAGAAGAAUUUAUAUAGGGAUGUGAUGUUAGAGAACUACAGAAACCUGGUUUGUCUGGGUUUUGCUGUCUCUAAGCCGGACCUGAUCACGUUUUUGGAGCAAAGGAAAGAGCCCUGCAAUGUGAAGAGUAUAGAGACAGUAGCCAUCCAGCCAGAUGUGUUUUCUCAUGAUACUCAAGCCUUCUUGAGAAAGAAGCACAUAGAAGCAUCAUUCCAAAAAGUGAUGUUAGAUGGAUAUGAGAGCUGUGGCCUUCAGAAUUUACACUUAAGGAAAGAGUGUGAAAGUGAUGAGAAUAAUCAGUACAAUAAAUCUGAUACAACAGUAGGCCGAGGCAUAAGCCCUAGAAGACAUCAGAAAACUCAUUUCCUACAGAACCAUUACAAAUGUGAAAAAUGUGGGAAAGUCUUUCAUGAAGGUACUAACCAUAUCCAUCAGAGUAUCCAUGUUCAGGAGAAGUCUGCCAAAUGUCAUAAGUGUGUAGAAACUUUUAUCCAGUCAUCAAAACAUACUCAGCCUCAGCGAAUCCACAUUGGAGAAAAGUCACACAAAUAUAAUAAUGGUGAGAAAAUCCUUAGUAAAUUUUCAAGUCUAAGAAAACAUAAGAUAAUCCAUGAUGAAGAGAAACCUUACAGAUGUAAAGAAUGUAGCAAAGCCUUUAACCAUAGUUCACACCUUACUCAGCAUCAAAGAAUUCAUACUGGAGAGAAACCCUACAAAUGUAAAGAAUGUGGCAAAGCUUUCAGUUCUAGUUCAUAUUUUACGAGACAUCAGCGAAUUCACACUGGAGAAAAACUCUACAAAUGUAAAGCAUGUAGCAAAUGUUUUACUCAUUCUUCAAAUCUUCUUGUGCAUCAGAGAAUUCAUACUGGAGAGAAACCUUACAAAUGUAAAGAAUGUGGUAAAUCAUUUAAAGAGUCUUCAGCCCUUGCUCAACACAAGAGAAUUCAUACUGGAGAGAAACCCUAUAAAUGUAAAGAAUGCAGCAAAGCCUUUAACUGUAGGUCUUAUCUAACUAAACAUCAGAGAAUUCAUACAGGAGAAAAACGUUACAAAUGUAAAUCAUGUAGCAAAUCUUUUUCCCGUUCCUCAAGUCUUGUUGUCCACCAGAGAAUUCAUACUGGAGAAAAACCAUAUAAAUGCAAGGAAUGUGGCAAAGCCUUUAAUUGCAGUUCACGCCUUACUCAACAUCAAAGAAUUCACACUGGAGAGAAACCCUACAUAUGUAAAGAAUGUGGUAAAGCCUUUAACUGUAGUUCAUCACUUACUAAACAUCAGAGAAUUCAUACUGGAGUGAAACUUUACAAAUGUAAAGCAUGUGGCAAAUCUUUUUCUCGUUCCUCACGUCUUAUUGCGCAUCAGAUAAUUCAUACUGGAAUGAAACCAUAUAUAUGUAAGGAUUGUGGCAUCUCCUUUAACCGGUCUUCAAACCUUAGACGACAUCACAUGAUUCAUACUGGAGAGAAACCUUACAAAUGUAAAAAAUGUGGCAAAUUAUUUAAUCGAUGCUCAACUCUUAUUCGACAUAAGAGAAUUCAUACUAGAGAAUCUCUGUAGUUGUAAUAAAUGCGGAAAGAGUUUUAUCUAAAAUUGAGAACUUAAGAAUCACCAUAGAUUUUAUAGAAAAACAGACUUACAGAUUAAAUUAUUAUGCAGUCAGCACAUUAUUUGUAUUGAAAACAUUUAAGAUUUGUGUAAAGCAAAUAAUAAUUCAGUUCUCAAAUUAGUUGUUAUACCUUAAUGUCUAGUGUUUAUAUAAAAACAUAUACUCUAUUUUUUCUGCAUCAGAGCUAUGAGAGGUCCUUCUAUGGUAGAUGAACAUCAUUGACAUCAGUUUAUUUUCAUGGAAGUUUAAUGGCAAAUGUAAAAUGCGUGAAGAAAAUCUAAAGGAAGAUGCUCUUUGUGUUUGAAUUAUAAAAAUAAUAAUGUGUGUAAGCAUAAGUACGUAUUUAGGGCAUUAUUAAGUGGAAUAUCCUGAAAUUAUUUAUUACAUCAGUUGUUCCUUAAGUAGAAAAAACUGAUCAGUUAUUUAAAAUACUGACAUACCUCUGUCGUACAAUAUAGUAGUAAUUUUGAAUAUUAUUUGACAUGUUAAAAAUAAAAAUGUCUUCACAGAUAUCAGAGAAAAGUGAAAACUCAUAUCUGAAAGAUCAUAAAUAUACUUAAUAUAAAUUUUUCAGAGGACUUAAAUUUCCAAUAAUAUUGAUAAUAUUCGCAUAGUAACUAUAUUGUAUUCUUUCUGUUACUGUAUUAUAUUCCUGCUUUUUGUAGCUACUGGUAUACUGUGACAGUUAUAAUAAAGAUUAUAUGGGAGUAUACUUAAAA